AUGUUUCUUCGUUUCUGUUUUCGGUUGGCUGCUGGUUUGCCAGGGUUCAUUGUUCUGUUUUGUUGUGCUGUUGUUGUGCUGGCUAUUUCUGUUUUGCUGUUGUCUGCUAUGUCUACCUCUGCUUGCUGUGUCUACCCCUGCCUGUCUAAUGUGUGCCUGUGUCUGCCUGCUUCUGUCUACUGGUUUUGUAUGUUGCUUCUGUCUGCUACUGCUGCCUGCUACAGUCUGCUGCUAUCUGCUUCUGCCUACUGCUGUCUGCUUCUAAUCUGUUGUGUUGCUUGCUGUUGUGCUAUUUCUGUUGUUGUUGUUGUGCUGCUGUUGUUUUUGUUUUUGUGCUGCUGUUGUGAUGUUUCUGUGAUGCUGCUGCUUUUGUGUUGUGCUGUGCUGUUUCUGUGUUGCUGCUGUUUCUGUGUUGCUGUUGUUUCUGUGCUAUGUUGUGCUGUUUCUGUGUUGCUUUUUUGUGUUGCUAAUUCUGUGUUUGCUCGUUGUUGUGUUGCUGUUUGCUGUUUGAGUGUGUUGCUGUUUUCUGUGUUGCUGGUUGCUGUGUUGCUGGCUGCUUCUCUUUGCUGUGAGUUCGGUGUUGUGGUGUUAACUAGAAAAGUUUUUUUCCAUUGCUUGUUUUGUUUUCGGUUUUGUUUGAUUGUUGGUGGAUACUUGGCCACUUGUGAUAUGUUUGGUUCUUAA